UCCAUAGUUACACCAAUCUGAAAGUUCUGAAACUUGAAUGGAGCUAUUCAGACACCUCCACUUCCUUUUUCUCCUUCUCCUCCUCCUCUCCUUCUUCAAGACCUCAUCUCCUUCACAUGAAAAACCAUUUCCUGACAACCAUGAUCUCAACACCCUUCUAUCCUUCAGGUCCUCUUCUAAUCUCUUCAACCCUUUUCUUCAAACCUGGGAAGGGAGAAACCCAUGCUCUGGUUCCUGGCUCGGUGUCAAAUGCAAAGAAAAUACAGUAGUGAGUAUCAGACUUGACAAUGCCUCUCUAGUUGGCAGCGUCACACCGCUUCUUCAACUAAACAAUCUCAAAGUCCUCAGCCUCAGAAGAAAUGCUCUCAGUGGCUCAUUGCCGCCUAUGACAAACCUCACACACCCAAAUUUGAAGCGCCUCUUCCUCUCCCACAACCAACUCAGUGGAACUCUAAGUAUAAAUCUCCCCUCCUUGCUCUCUCUAAGAGUAGAGUACAAUGGCUUCUCUGGUGACCUUAAGGACUUCCAUUUGCCUCUCACAAUGGACUUCAACGUCUCGGCGAACCACCUUACCGGAGAAAUCUCUCCAACUCUUUCAAAGUUCCCAAAAUCAUCAUUUGGAAGCAAUCUAGCUUUAUGUGGAUCACCUCUUCCAAGUUGCAAGAAGGCUGUAAAAAUGCUCAAUAGAGAAAAACUUGCUGACACCACAGUCCUCGCACUUCAGACUACUGUUCAUAAUUUUCCUCCAGAUAAGAAAGAUGAGUGUGAAAUAGUUAUAUUUGAAGGAGGAGAAAGGCUUAGUUUGGACUGUCUUUUGAAGUCAUCGGCUGAAGUGCUUGGUAAAGGAGUUUGUGGAAGCACUUAUAAGGCCUUCUUGAUGAUGGGAGGAUCAGCUUAUUAUAAUUCUAAUGAGGAGAAGCUUCUGGUUUAUGAUUAUAUGCCAAAUGGAAGCUUGCAAUCGCUUCUGCAUGGAAGCAAUGAAAGAAGGCCACUUAAUGGGGUCUUAAACUGGAGUAAAACAAUCCAGAUAUUGAAGGGAGCUGCUCGAGGACUCCAUUUCCUCCACACUUACACUUCAAGAUCUCCUAUAGUCCAUGGAAACAUCAAGCCAUCAAAUGUCCUCAUAGAUUUUGAUGGCAAUGGAAGAAUAUCUGAGUGGGGCUUAAUGUCCCUAACCAAUACCCUUCACCAACCAAAUUCUUCCUCUUCAACUGUUUUAUAUAACAAAGCAGAUGGUGCUAAUUCUUCAAAUUGGCAUAACUACAGAGCACCAGAGCUCUUGACAGGCAAAGCAAAAGCUACCCAGGAAUCAGAUGUGUAUAGUUUUGGAAUGGUGAUUUUGAAAGUGGUGACUUGUAAGGAGAUAGAGGAUGGUGCAGGUGAAGAGGAGCUGAUGUGUUUGAUAAAGAUUGGGAUGAUGUGCACAACUGAAAGCCCUGAGGAGAGGCCUCAGAUGGCUCAGGUUCUAUGUUUGAUGAAUGAAUUCUUCAGAGUUUAA